GGCGGCGGGGCGGAGCGGCCGGAGGUACCAGAGCCCCCCGGAGGCGCCGGGGAGGAGCGAGCUCGGCCCAGCCCGGCCCGGCCCGGCUCGGCGCAGCGCAGGCUCCUCGGGACGCGCCGCUCCCGCCUCUCCCAGCAGCGCAGCGGGGCCAGCACCGCCCGGGAGAGCAGAACAGAGCAGCGCAGCGCGGUGGGACUCGGCCCGGAGCGGAGAGCAGGCAGCGGAGAGCGGAGCGGAGCCAGCCCGCAGCGCCCCGCUGGGUCCCGGGCCGGAGCGAGAGGCGGAGCGGCGGGGGAUGGAGCCCCGGGCCUAGAGGCGGCCGCCCUGCCCGACCCCUGCGGGCGCUGCACGGGCGGGGGUCGGGGCGGGCGGGCAGCGGGGAUGGGCCCGGCCGCGGGCGGGGAGCGCCGCCCGCCCCCCGAGCGCAGCCCCUGAGCGCGGCUGGACGGGCACGGGCACCAUCGGCCGCUUCUGAAAAGGUUUUUUUAACCCCGCCGAGUCCGCCGAGAUUGUUUUGUUGUUUAUUCUUGUUGGAGUUUUUUUCUUGCUGGAGGUUUUUUUUUUUUCUUUAUCCCCCACGCCCCACUUCCGUGGUUUGGAUAUUCUGGGUGACUGCAAAGAAGAGUUUUGGAGUUGUUUUGGAUUGGGUUUGGUUUUUUGUUUUUUUGGUUUUUUGUUCCCUUCUGCCCUUGAACUGAGUUUGUCCUCUGUGCAUGCCUCUUGUGGAGCAAGGCUGGAUCCUGAACCUCGGUGCAUGUAAGGGGCAAAGCCUCCUUCAUAUUCCUGCAAUAAGAGUAAAAUGUAAAUUGGAUAAUACGACUUCUUGCCAAAGGCUCCAAUGAGUGGCACACAGUCCACAAUCACGGACAGGUUUCCUCUCAAAAAACCUUCGAGACACGGCAGCAUUCUGAGCAGAGAGUCUCCAGCAGACAAGAAGCAGAAGGUUGAACGCUGCAGCAGCACCCACGACUUCGACCCCACAGAUAGCUCCUCCAAGAAGACAAAGUCUAGUUCUGAGGAGAGUAGAUCCGAGACGUAUGGCCUGGUGCAGAGGUGUGUGGUGAUCCAGCGGGAUGAGAACGGCUUCGGGCUGACGGUCAGCGGGGACAACCCCGUCUUCGUGCAGUCUGUCAAGGAAGAUGGAGCAGCCAUGCGGGCUGGAGUGCAGACAGGUGAUAGAAUUAUCAAGGUGAACGGGACUCUGGUAACGCACUCGAACCAUUUGGAGGUGGUCAAGCUGAUCAAGUCGGGCUCCUAUGUAGCUCUCACUGUCCAGGGGCGCCCUCCAGGGUCGCCCCAGAUCCCCCUGGCGGAUUCUGACGUGGACCUGGCAGCUUUUGGGCAUAUGUCUCCCAUCAUGGCAUCCCCGCACUCGCCUGGCACGUCAGGGAAUGCAGAGAGGAUCACCAGCCCGGUGCUCAUGGGGGAGGAGAAUAACAUUGUCCACAACCAGAAGGUGGAGAUUCUGAGGAAGAUGCUCCAGAAGGAGCAGGAGAGGCUGCAGGACCUGCAGGAGGAGUACAGCCGGACCCCUUCCACCCGCCUGCUGAAGGAGAUCCAGGAGGCCAAGAAACACAUUCCUCAGCUGCAGGAGCAGCUCUCCAAGGCCACGGGCUGCACCCAGGAUGGAGUCCUGUCCUCCAGGUCUGUGUCAGAGUCGCUGCAGAUCAGCGAGGGCGAGGCAGAGAGUGGGGACAGCGGCAGCAAACUGGACUUCAGUGGUGACAGCCCCUCCAGACCCAACAGUGACAUUGCUGAUAGCCCUCGCAGUGGCCUGAAGGAGAGGAUUUACCCAGAUGAGAGCCCAGAAAAGGCUGAGCUUCAAGACACUGACUCGCAGUGCAGUGUUGGCAGUCCCCUGUCCCGGGUGGGGACUCAGAUCAUCGGAGCAGAGGAUGAUGAUUUUGACACGGAGCAGGAGCAGAUCAAUGGGCAGUGCAGCUGCUUCCAGAACAUCGAGCUGCUGAAAUCGCGCCCGGCCCACCUGGCCGUGCUGCUGCACCACGUGGUGUCCCAGUUCGAUCCUGCAGCGCUGCUGUGCUACCUUUACACAGACCUGUACAAACAGACCAACUCCAAAGAGACUCGCCGUGUUUUCCUGGAGUUUUACCAGUUUUUCCUGGACAGAGCUGCAAACCUGAAAGUCCCAGUUCCAGAGGAAAUCUCCUUGGAAUUAGACAGGAGAAGGCCGGAGCUCCUCCCUGAGGAGCUGCACCGCCAGUUCAUCCAGACCAUGCAGGAUAAAGUCUGCCCAGAGGUUCAGAGGAACCUGGAAGAUUUCAGGCAGAAGAGGAGCAUGGGGCUGACCCUGGCCGAGGGGGAGCUGAGCAGGCUGGACGCAGAGCGGCUCCGCGACCGCAACGCCGUGGAGAGGGAGAGGAGCUGUGCCGAGCAGAUCCUGGCCAAAAUCGAGGAGGUCCUGAUGACAUCUCAGCCUCUGGAGGAAGACAAGAGCUCCACGAUGCAAUAUGUGAUCCUCACCUACAUGAAACACCUGGGAGUGAAAGUGAAAGAGCCUCGGAACCUGGAGCAGAAACGGGGCAGGAUUGGGUUCCUGCCAAAGAUCAAGCAAAGCAUCAAGAAAGAGAAAGAAGGAGAGGAGAAAGGGAAGAGGAGAGGCUUCCCCAACAUCCUGGGGCCGCCAAGGCGACCGAGCAGACACGACAGCAGUGCCAUUGGCAGGGCCAUGGAGAUGCAGAAGCCCAGGCACCCCAAGCACUCGCCCACAGCGGCCUGUGUGAGCCCGGAGCCCCCCGAGGGCAGCAAGGGGCGGCAGAGCGGCUCCUCCAGCGACGGCACCGACGGCCCCUACCCCCCUGCCAACCCCAUGUCCCCCCUGGCCACGGGGCCCUUUGCCUCCCCAGAGGGCAGCAAGGACAGUGACACAGGUGUGAAGCAGCCUGGGGAAGCCCCACCUGCCAGCGAGUCCAUGGAUGGCACCCCCCGCACUCCCAACAACACCUUUGAGUUCCCAUCUCCUCUGGAAAACCUGCAGGAGGAGGAGGGAGAGGCUGAGAGGAUGGUUGACAUGGGAACACCGAAGCCUUUUCGCAAGAUGGACAGCGUUGGCUUUGCAGAUGUGCAGAGUGAGGACGAGCUCUAUGACUUCGACAUGGACAUGGACCCUCCCAACUGGCAGCAGCUCGUGAGCAGGGAGGUGCUGAUGGGGCUCAAACCCUACGAAAUCAAACGUCAGGAAGUGAUAAAUGAGCUGUUCUACACGGAGCGAGCCCACGUGCGCACGCUGAAGGUCCUGCACAACGUCUUCUACCAGAGGGUCACCAGGGAGGGCAUCCUCAGCUCCAGUGACAAGAGGAAAAUCUUCUCCAACCUCGAGGACAUCCUUGGGCUGCACGUUGCACUGAACGAUCAGAUGAAAUCUGUCCGAAAAAGAAACGAGACUUCUGUCAUUGGCCAAAUUGGGGAAGAUUUGCUCUCCUGGUUUAGUGGAGCAGCAGAGGAGAAGCUGAAACUUGCCACUGCCACCUUCUGCAGCAACCAGCCCUUCGCUCUGGAGGUCAUCAAGUCCCGCCAGAAGAAGGACUCGCGCUUCCAGACCUUCGUGCAGGAUGCUGAGAGCAAUCCCCUGUGCCGGCGGCUGCAGCUCAAGGAUAUCAUCCCCACGGAGAUGCAGAGGUUGACGAAAUACCCCCUUCUGCUGGAUAACAUUGCUAAAUACACAGAGCUGCCUGAGGAGAAGGAGAAAGUCAAGAGAGCAGCAGAUCACUGUCGCCAGAUCCUCAACCACGUGAACCAGGCUGUCAAGGAGUCAGAGAACAAACAGCACCUGGAGGAUUAUCAGCGGAGACUCGACCUCUCCUACUUGAAGCAGUCCGAGGAUCCCAUGAUGGAUGAGUUCAGGAACCUGGAUCUAACAAAGAGAAAAAUGCUCCAUGAAGGGCCCUUGACCUGGAAGGUGAAUCGUGACAAAACCAUCGAUCUGUACACUCUGCUGCUGGAGGACAUCCUGGUGCUGCUGCAGAAACAAGAUGACAAGCUGGUGCUGAAGUGCCACAGCAAGAUCCUGGCAUCCACAGCCGACAGCAAGCACACCUUCAGCCCCAUCAUCAAACUCAACACCGUGCUGGUUCGCCAGGUGGCCACAGAUAACAAAGCUUUCUUCGUCAUCUCCAUGUCGGCGACGGGGGCUCACAUCUACGAGCUGGUGGCACAGACUGUCUCCGAGAAGAAUGUCUGGCAGGACCUUAUAGCUCAGAUGGCAGGAACUGUGAAGAUGGGGAGCAGCAGGAGAGUGAUCCCACUGCCUCAGUCAGGCCCUGGCGAAGAGGAGCGUGAGGAAGAGGAGCAGCAGAAGCUGAAGGAGCAGCAUGACAUUCCUGCCAGCAGCCUGCAGAGCCCAGAUAAAGAUCUGGGCCUGGAGUCUCCGUUGAUACUGAACCCUCAGUCCUCGUCGCCCAUCCUGUCUGAGAAGGCCAAGGUGGAGGGGCUGCUGGAGGGGCAGUUUGAGAAGGGGCCGCAGGCAGAGCUGGCCCUCAAGGACUCCUCUGGCUGCAGCUCAGCCUCGGUGCCAGAGGGGCAGUGGGCCCGGGAUGCCCUGAGGAACUUGGGGCUGCUGAAGCAGCUCUUGGUGCAGCAGCUGGGCCUGGCUGAGAAGGGGACCCUGGAGGACAGACAGCGCCUGCCCAGGUUCAGGAGCGCGUCCCAGACAGAGAGCGGCCCCGAGCAGCAGCAAACUGCAAACGCUGAGAGGGAAUCCCAGCAGGCUGCAGAGGACAGAGCCCUGGGCAGGACUGGCGAGGAGGAGAGGCACAGUGCCCGGACUGCAGCGCAGGGCCCGGCCUCGGGGGAUGCCCUGCAGCUGCUGGGCACCGAGCCCCCUGCCCGGGCCGCCCUGCCCAUGGACAGCACGGAGCUGGAGGGCUCCAGCUCGGAGCUGGAGGGGCUGGGGGCUGACGAGAGCGGGGAGCAUUUCUUCGAUGCUCGGGAAGCGCACGGCGAUGAGAACCCCGGCGAGGGCGGCGAGCUGCUGGACAGGAAGGAGGAGGAGGAGGAUGAGGAAGAGGAGGAGGAGGAGGUGCAAAUUCGGAUCUCAGGAAAUUAUUUGAUCCUCGAUGGAUACGGGGCGGUGCAGGAGAGCUCCACGGACGAGGAGGUGUCGGCGCUGGUGCUGCAGUGCACCGCGCACCGGCAGCCCGGCUGUCCCCAGCAGGAGCCCAGGGAGCCCCGCAGGGCCAGGGCCAGCUCGCCCUUGGCCGAGGAGCUGCGCUGGGCCGGCCUGGAGGAGCCCUGUCCCUUCCCGGGCAGCCCCCAGCUCCCCCUGCAGAGCCGCGUGCAGCUCCUGCAGUACAUCCACAACAUCCAGGACGCCCUGGAGAAGCUCAAGGAGGUGGAGGAGGAUUACAGCGUUCUGCGGCGCCAGGGGCUGGCUGGCUCAGCCUCCUCAGGAGAGCACUCAGACAAAAGCUAGUCGUGUUUCCAGGAGUGGCUGAAGAUUGGAGGAAGAGAAUCAGGACCCAGCACCCGCUGUCUCCCCUGUGGACUCUGGGAUGAGGGUUUGGAGCAUCCAAACAGAACCAUUCUCUAGCAAAGUGGGCAUGGGGUGCUUUUCCUGUGGGGCAUCUGCACUAUCUUGUCAGUGAGGGAGUCUAUUCUAUUCUGCUCCUCUCCUUGCUACCAGAAAUUCAAAUUUUUUUUUUUUUUUUCAGAACAGGAAAAAAAAAAAAAAAAAAAAAAACCAAACCAAAUGUACAGAGCUUUGGGUGUAGGAUAUAAAAAAAAAAAUGUAUUUAGACAUUUAAAAGAAAAAAAAAAUCAAUGUAUUUAUUUGACUUCAUUCCGUGUAUCAAAAGCACAUUUUAAUUUUUUAAUCUGCCUUUUUUUUUUUUUUUUUUUUUUUUUUUUGUUGUUCUAUUUUUUGGGUAGUGACAGUUGUGGCCCACCCUGCCUGGUGAGGGGAUGGGGGGGAUCUGUGUGCAGGUGAUUCCUCACUGGACUGGACUCUGCCCUCCCUGCUGGCACCAAGAGCUGCUCGUGAAGGUGUUAGGAUGGAAUUUGUGGCUGGGAUUUGUCUGUAUCCACCCAACUGCAUGGGAAUUGCUCGUGUCACCACGUGUGCAACAGGAAUUUUCCAUGCACUAAACAGCCAGGCACUUGAGAUGGGCAAAUUUUCCUUUUCCCCUUUCCCAUUCCUUUGCUGGGAGAGGAGAAAAAGGUUUAAUUUUGGGUUGUUUUUUUUUUUUUUCCUUGACUUUGUUGGCUUUGAUCAUUGUCUCCUUUGUAAAGUGAUAAAAAAAAAAAAAUACUUGGACCUGCA